UUUAUCACUUAUAUAGAAUUUCCAGCUCUAAGUGGAGGACUUUGAAUUUAACCCUAUUAAAUUUCAUCUGACAUAUUCAGCAGCCUGUCAAAAUCUUGUUGAAUCCUUAUUCCAUCCCCCACCUCGUUAGGGGGCCCUCCCUCCCACUUUAGUCAUCAGCAGGUUAGUAAGCAUGCCACUUAAAUGUCACUUAUGUGAUUGAACUUGGCUGAGCCAGAGUCACGUGGCAGAAGCACUCGAGAUUCCUCCCCAGUUGACAUCUGAUAGUCAAUGAACUUUGGUUAAAACUGUUCAACCCUCUGGGAGUUAACAUUAAGUGGCAGAGCCAUUCCCGUAGGAGGUUGUCUCUGUCUUUGUGGUGGGCAGGGAUCUGGGCUUCCUAGGAGGACAUAGCGAGGCCACCCUUUCGGCUUCUUUGACCCACACGCAGACUCCUUCCUGGUCUCUUUGCAAGGUCUCCUUGUUGGGGAUGCUCUCAGCUGGAGGACAGCCCGCUCUGAGGUUGUUAUGGAUUUUUGCAGAUUGUUGGAAGCCUUGGUGUCAUUUCUUGAUUUCUCAGAUAAGGAGGCCAACUCGGCUAUGGGACUCCUCACGGACUUGGCUCUGGAAGAAAGAUUCCAAGUCUGGUUCCAGGCCAACCUUCCAGGUGUGCUCCUGGCACUCACAAGUGUUCUGAAGAGAGAUCCCAUGGUAACCAACCCCACAGCUCUCUGCCGGUGCAUUGCCCUCAUGGGGAACCUCAGUGCUGAGGCCGCCAUCCGAAGACAGAUGUCUGCUUCUGAAGAGUUCCGGGAGGCCUGCUUGGGCCUCAUGGCCAGAUGUGAGGAGGAUGUGGACCUGUUCAGAGAGGUCUUGUACACACUCCUGGGACUUGUGAUGAACUUGUGUCUUCAGUCCCCCAUCGUCUGUGAGGUUUGGGCCUUGGAGGUGAGCAGGAGGUGCAUGCUUCUACUGAACAGCCAAGAUGGAGGGAUCCUGACAAGAGCUGCUGGUGUCCUCAGCCGCACUCUUGCUUCCUCCCGGAAGAUCGUGGAGGAGGCCCUGAAAGCUGGAGUGGUGAAGAAGAUGAUUAAGUUCCUGAAGACGGGGGGCCAGACUGCCUCACGAUAUGCCAUAAAGACACUAGCUGUCUGCACGAAUAGCUUUCAUGAAGCGCGAGAAGAAGUGAUAAGACUGGAUAAAAAGUUCGGCAUUCUGAUGAAGCUGCUCGGCUCCGAGGAUGAGAUGGUGGUGGGCAAUGCCGCCCUCUGCCUGGGGAACUGCAUGGAGGUGCCCCAGGCUGCGCCCCCCCUGUUGAAGACAGACAUCGUGCAGGUGCUGUUGAGGCACGCGGGGGGGGAUGCGCAGAAGACCGCCGUGCAGCUGAACGCGGGGAUCGCUCUGGGGAAGCUGUGCACGGCCGAGCCCAGAUUUGCUGCUCAGCUGCGGGAGCUGCAUGGGCUAGAGAUUCUCAACUCGACGAUGAAGUAUGUCGCUGAUUAAGACACAUGGUGUCUGUGCACAUUUUCACAAACACAGGACUGUGUGCUAUGGGGGGGUCCCUGUGCUAAUAAAGACUUUUCGAAUGUCCACUCCA